AUGAAUCAGUUGCGAGCAGUCGAUGACGGGGCAAUAAAAAUCCCUUAUCGCAUCUUUGUUGGCGGUAUAGCUUUCAAUACCACUAAAGAAGAACUGAAAGACUUUUUCAGUAAUUAUGGAGCAGUGAGGGACACGAAAAUCAUAAAAGACAGCGAGGGAUUGAGUAAAGGGUACGGUUUUGUUACUUUUUAUCGAGAAGAAGAUGCCCAGAAAGUCAUGAACAUGGGAACAAUCUUCUUCAAAGAGAAACGACUCAAUAUCUCUGAGGCAUUUAGGAAACCGCAGCUCGUCAAUCAACAAGCAGCGAUGGAUUUGGUAACUGUGCCUGUGGCUGCCCCUACCACUUGGACCUCUCCCUCAUCAACUGCACCUGUGUAUUACACAGCCAUGAACCAGCAGGCACCUCAGUUGCCACAACUACAGCUUUCAUCUUCAAGGACUUGGCCUGUGGUACAGGGAAUCCCCAUGCCUCAACAACCGGCCGCUGAAAUAGUUUGGGUACCACAAUAUUACUAUUAUUAG